AUGUCUGUUGGUACUAAGUCAGUGCAGUGCUUCAGGAUACAGUCAGUACCCACAAGGCUCUCAUUGGACGUCAGGAAGCUGAAUUUGGCCUACAACCACAUCAAGGAGAUUAAGGUUAGAGACUUGGCUGGUCUUUCAGACCUGCAGGAGGUCAGCCUCUCCUCCUGCGGUUUGGAGCAAGUGGAAGCCAACGCCUUCGUAGCGCAGCAGCUCUCCUUACGCGUCUUGGACCUGCAGAAGAACAAGCUCCGCCUUGUGCCCCGAGGCCUCCCGUCCAGCCUGGAGGUCCUGCGCGUGGGCCACAACCACAUUCAGGGCCUGCAGGCCUCGGCUUUCGAGGGGAUGAAACACCUACGCAUCCUGGACCUCCAGGAUAACAGGAUAACCGUCCUCCGAGCCAACGCUCUCUCUGCCCUGGUGAGGCUCGAGUCCCUGUGUUUGGAUGGGAACCGCAUCGAGUCGAUCAGCGGCGCCCCUCCUCGUCUGCCGCAGCUGAACCUGUUGAGCAUGACCGCCAACCGGAUCUCUACUCUGUCAUCGGCGUUCUUUGCUUCCAUGAAGUCGCUGAGAACCCUGCACCUGUCGGGAAACCUGCUGACGAGGGUCCCUCACGAGCUCCCGAGGUCUCUCCUCCACCUCAGCCUGGACCACAACCAGAUCCGAUCGCUCCGGAACCGGGAAAUGGCGCAGCUGAGGAACCUCACCACGCUGUCCGUCUCGGCCAACAGGGUGGCGUCCGUGGACGGGGGCCUGCGCCUGCCCAACCUGACCUCCCUGGAGCUCUCAGGGAACCACCUGCGGGUGCUGCCCGGCCGCCUCGCGCCCAAGCUGGAGACGCUCGACUGCAGGCAGAACGCUCUGCAGGAGGUCACCCACCAGCAGCUGUCGGGGAUGAGGCACCUGAAGCACCUCUUUCUGGAGAACAACACCAUAAGGCACUUUGAGGCCAACGCUCUGAGGAACUGCCUCCAGCUCACCAACUUGGCUCUGGAACAGAAUCUUCUCACCAGCAUUCCAGAGGGUCUCCCUCACACGUUAGUCCGUCUGGACCUGAAGCAAAACCACAUCGACUCCAUUCAAGAGAGGGACGUGAGGAGCCUGAAGCGGCUGCAGCUCCUGAACCUGCGGAACAACCGGCUCUCCUCCCUCGGGGCAGGCGUGGUGGCUCAGCUCCCCAGGCUUCAGGGGAUGUUCCUGGGUGGGAACCCCUGGAACUGCACCUGUGAGCUGCUCCGCGUGAAGAGAGCCCUGGUGGCACGGCAGGUGGACAUGGGGAAGGAGGAGCUGUGCGAAGAGCCUGCACCGCAUGUGGGUGAACACUGGAGGGCGUCACUGCUGGAGGAAGGCCAGAGGCAGAGGUGUAAAGAGGAGGAGGAGGAGGAGACUCUUACAGCGGAGGACACAGCAGACACGGAUCUGGAUGAGCAGACAGAAAAUGAGGACUAUUAUGACUAUGAUGUUUAA